GGGCUCCACGCUUACGCUCUUUGGGGACCACCUGGACUCCGUGUACCAGGCCAAGAUCCGCUUUGAAGCCAGCGGUGUGAAGACCGAAGCCCAGGUGUGCCAGACCCCGGGGGCACCCGACCGGCUGCUGUGCCCGAGCCCGGCCUUCCCCUUCGAGAACAAGGUGGAGACGGCGCCCGGCAACCUGAGCGUGCUGCUGGACGGCGCCGCCGGCCGCUGGCUCUUCCGCCUGCGCCACCACCCCCGGCCCGAGAUCUUCCCCUUCGAGCACGAGGACAGGCGGUACCGCCUGAAACCCGGCGACGAUGAGAUCGAGAUCCACCAAUUCGGGCUGGACGCCCUGGCCACCUGCAUGAACAUCACCAUGACGGUGGCGGGCCACGACUGCCACCCCAACGUGCUCAAGAAUGAGGUGACCUGCCGGCUGCCCAAGGAGCUGCAGCUGCCCCUGGCCGAGGCUCCCGUGCAGAUCUGCGUCAACGGUGCCUGCCAGGACCUGGGCUUUGUGCUGUCCACUUCCCCGCCAGACUUCAUGGCCAACAUCAUCCUGGGCACCUGCGUCACCUUCCUGGCCUUUGGUGUGCUGCUGUUCGCGCUGCUGAAAUGGAAGUGGAAGAAGAAGAGGGGGACGGAGAACCUGGAGCUGCUGGUGAGCCCGGGCAGGACGGAGCACCCCACCACCGUCCAGCGCCCCGGCGUCGACUACCGGGAGGUGCUGGGGGCCACGUCCUGCUGCCUCGAGGACCUGCGGCCGGAGCUGCUGGAGGAGGUGAAGGACAUCCUCAUCCCCGAGGAACGGCUCGUCACCCACCGGCACCAGGUCAUCGGCAAAGGGCACUUUGGCAGCGUGUACCAUGGCACGUACACGGACCCGCUGCUGGGAGCGCUUCACUGCGCCGUCAAGUCCCUGCACCGCAUCACGGACGUGGAGGAGGUGGAGGAGUUCCUGCGCGAGGGCAUCCUCAUGAAGAGCUUCCACCACCCCCAAGUUCUGUCGCUCAUCGGCGUCUGCCUGCCCCGCCGGGGGCUGCCCCUCGUUGUGCUGCCCUACAUGCGCCACGGGGACCUGCGGCACUUCAUCCGCGCCGAGGAGCGGAUCCCCACAGUGAAGGACCUCAUCGGCUUCGGGCUGCAGGUGGCUCUGGGUAUGGAGUACCUGGCCCAGAAGAAGUUCGUGCACAGGGAUCUGGCUGCCAGGAACUGCAUGCUGGAGGAGACGCUCACGGUGAAGGUGGCCGACUUUGGGCUGGCGCGGGACGUCUUCGACAAGGAGUACUACAGCAUCCGGCAGCACCGGCACGCCAAGCUGCCCGUCAAGUGGAUGGCCCUGGAGAGCCUGCAGACGCAGAAGUUCACCACCAAGUCGGACGUGUGGUCCUUCGGGGUGCUCAUGUGGGAGCUGCUGACGCGAGGGGCAUCGCCGUACCCCGAGGUGGACCCUUACGACAUCACCCGCUACCUGCUGCGCGGGAGGCGGCUGCCGCAGCCCGAGUCCUGCCCCGACGUGCUGUACGCGGUGAUGCUGAGCUGCUGGGCCCCCACGCCUGAGGAGAGACCCACCUUCUCCAUGCUGGUGGCCGAACUGGAGCGCGUCCUAGCCUCCCUCGAGGGCCAGCGCUACGUCAACCUGGAUGUCACCUACGUGAACCUGGAGCGCGGCCCUCCCUUCCCUCCCGCGGCUUGUGCCCACGGGCAGCUGGCUGCCAGCGAGGAUGAGGAGGACGAUGAAGAGGAGGAGGAAGAGGACGUGGCUGAGUGCUAA